AUAGAGUGCCAUGAGCAGUACGUGAGUAUUUCCAAGAAACUGGGUGACAGAGCCGGAGAAGGUCGGGCCUAUGGCAAUCUCGGUAACACAUUUGAUUCACUUGGAGACUUCCACCGAGCCAUAGAUCACCUUGAAAAACAUCUUGCUAUUGCUAAGGAAGUGGGUGACAGGCAUGAGGAGGGGCGUGCUCAUAACAAGGUCGGUGUCACUGACAGUUUACUAGGUGAAUUUCAACGAGCCAUAGAACACCACAAGAACCACCUCAUCAUUGCCAAGGAAUUACGCGACAAAAUCGAUGAAGCCUCUGCCUGUUGCAAUCUCGGGAGGGCUUAUCGAUCACUUGGUGACGUACAACGAGCCAUUGAGUAUCAUGAGGAAGAGCUGAGAAUCUGCAAAGAGGUAGGUAACAAAGACGGAGAAGGAAGUGCCUACGGCAACUUAGGAAACGCUUAUCAGUCGCUUGGCAACUUUGGGAAGGGUCUAGAAUACCACAAGAAGCAACUCUGCAUUUCUAAGGAGGUAAAUGACAGAAUAGGUGAAGGAUGUGCGUAUGGUAAUCUCGGCAGCCCUUUCCACUCUCUUGGGGACUUCCAAAGUGCCUUACGUUGCCAUAAAGAAGAUCUCAGCAUCUGCAGAGAAUUAAAGAAUAAGGCAGGAGAAGGGGGCGCUUAUGGCAAUCUAGGUGUCGCUUACCACUCACUUGGUGAAUACGAAACAGCCAUAGUAUAUCACAAGAAACAUAUUAAAAUUGUCAACGAAAUAGGUGACAAACUUGGAAAAGGAAGUGCCCAGGGAAAUAUCGGUUUAACUUACAGAGCACUGGGUGAAUUCAAACUAGCUAUAGAUCACCACAUGAAGCAUCUUACCAUUGCACUGGAAGUGAGUGACAUAGCCGGAGAAGGGCGUGCGUACAGCAAUCUUGGAAGCGCUUAUCAGUCACUCGGUGAGUUUCAACGAGCCAUCGGAUACCAUAAGCAAUCUUUGAGCAUUGCCAAGGAAGUGGUUGACAAGUCCCUUGAAGGACUUGCAUACGGGGGUCUGGGAAGCGCGCUCUUUGAACUUGGUGACUUCAAACGAGCUGAAGAGUAUUAUAAGAAGAGUCUAGCCAUUGCUAAGAAAGUAGGCGACAGGGCUGGAGAGGGACAUGCCUACUGCAAUCUUGGUAAUACAUUACAUUUGGUGACUUGGAAAAAGCUUUCGAGUACCACACAAAAGAAUUAAUUAUUGCCAAGGAAAUAGGCGACAGGGCAGGAGAAGGAUCUGCCAAUGGUAAUCUUGGAAACAUAUACCAGUCACUUGGCGAUGUGCAGCAAUCCAUAGAGUACCACACCAAGCAUGUUACUAUUGCCAAAGAGGUAGGCGAUAAGGUCGGAGAAGGACAUGCCUAUGGAAAUCUCGGCAAUAAUUAUCAAUCGCUUCGCGACUUUCAACGAGCCCUAGUCUACCACAAACAAGAUUUAAGUAUUGCAAAGGAAGUGGGUGACAAACCGGGAGAAGCAAAGUCGUGCUUUUAUUUAGGUCUUGAUUUUGAGUCCCUGGGUUCUUUACACGAGGCUCUAAAUUAUUUUCGAUCUAGCGUAAGUAACUAUGAUACCGUUAGGAAACAUUCAGUUUCCGAAGACGUGUGCAAAAUUUUUUUUCGGGAUCAGUAUCGAAAUGCUUAUACUUCGUUGUGGCGGGUGUUGAUAAAGCUCCAAAAUACGGACGAAGCCUUAGAGGUCGCCGAGCAAGGCCGUGCUCAGGCUUUGAUGGAUAACCUGAAAAUUCUUUAUGGUACUAAAGUAUCUACGCCAGUCACACUUGAAUGUAAAGAAACAAUUUUUUUCAUAACAAGAAAGACAUCUUCACAGACAGUUUUUCAGGCGCUACAAAAAGACACUAUCCAUUUUUGGAUCCUGGGAAAGGGAAACAAGAGAGCUUUUAAAAAGUGAAGUUGGAGACUCAAAGUGCGUGCAAAGACCAUAUUCUUAACUUGAUAGAAAAAGCGUUAAAACAAAUUGGUGCCGGCGUCGGUGUUAGGUGCGAGAAUCGCUCACUGGAUGAGCUAAACGACGACUUGCUUUCUAGACGAGGUGACGGCGAAGGAACAGCAAAGCCAUCGGACGGCACCAUCGAUUGUUUACAGCCAUUAUAUGAUACUUUUAUUGGUCCCAUCGAAGAUUUGCUUUUGGGUGACGAAAUAGUCAUAGUUCCUGAUGGGCCUUUGUGCUUAGUCCCGUGGGCGGCAGUAAGCGAAACGAUCAGGAUCCGAACCGUUCCUUCGCUAACACUAUUGACGCUGAUCACAGACUCCCAUGAGGAAUACCACAGCAAAAGAGGGGCCUUGCUUGUUGGAGAUCCAUGUCUGAAACAAGUUACCUCAAGAAGUGGUAAGCCCGUGUACGCCCGGCUGCCGUACGCCAGAAACGAAGUAGAGAUGAUAGGAGAAGUACUAAAGAUCAAGCCACUAACCGGAAAAGAAGCUACCAAACGCGCGGUGCUCGAACAAAUCACUUCAGUUGCAUUAAUUCACAUUGCAGCACACGGGAGAGAGGAAACCGGGGAAAUUGCUUUGGCCCCAAAUCCUGGGUAUACGACCGAGGUUCCUAAAGAGCCGGAUUAUAUUCUAACAAUGUCCGAAGUGCAGGCUGUUAAGUUGCGAGCACGACUUGUUGUACUCAGCUCUUGUCAUAGUGGUAGAGGUGCAGUCAUGUCUGAGGGCGUGGUUGGUAUGGCACGGGCUUUUUUGAGUGCUGGUGCUCGCUCUGUUCUUGUGUCACUCUGGGCCAUUCAUGACGAGGCCACAAUGGAGUUCAUGAAAAGUUUCUACAAGCAUUUGAGAUAUGGAGAAAGCGCUAGUGUUACUCUUCACCAGGCCAUGAAAUUUCUUCGCGAAUUGGACAAGUUUUGUGUCCCGAAGUACUGGGCCCCAUUUGCACUCAUUGGCGAUAACGUUACUAUUGAAUUUGGGGAAAAUAAGUAA